AUUAAAGAAAAAAAUUAGAAAUUUUCCGAAUCUCGAUCUUCCGGAAAUUUCAAAAAAAAAGGAAAAUAAUUUGAAAACUAUAAACAGAAAAUAAAUCAACUGCAAGUUGAUACUUACAAGAAGUUGAGAAUAGUGAGUUAAACUACAAAAGUUUGUUCUUCAUAAAACGCCUACUUAAAAAAAGAAAUAACAACAAACAAUGUUAAACCGCAUUGCAUAAUUUCACUUUCGACAUUUACAAGCUCAUAAACACUUUGGCAAAAUAUAAAAAAAAGGUUAAGUGUAAUAAAAGGAAAAAAUUAUUCAUGAAAAUUAUGCACAAAAAAUUAUUGGGUUGCUAAAGUGUUGACUUGAAGGAAGUAAAAAAAAGGAAAGAGAAAAAAAAAUCUCGUAGAAAAAACGUUUCAGCGAUAGUGAAAAAGUGUAAUCGAUAAAAUUGAUAAAAAUGAAUUCAUACUUCGAGCAAUCAGGUUUUUAUGGCCAUCCGCAUCAAGCAGGCAUGAUGUCAUCGUCAUCUGGUCAUGAUCAAACUUCAGCAGCUGCAGCCGCUUACAGAGGCUUUCCACUUUCUCUUGGAAUGUCUCCAUAUGCUAAUCCACAUUUACAUCAGUCAAGAUCAGCUCAGGAUUCACCUUAUGAUGCCAGCAUUACAGCCGCAUGUAAACAAAUUUACGAUGGCGCCUACAAUAAAGAUUGUUCAAAAACAGUAUCAGGAGCAACAGCUAAUGGAACGUCUGGUAGUGGAUCGGGCAGUAGUGGAAAUAAUGCAACGUCUGAUACAAAUGGCUAUAAAGAUGUUUGGAACUCUUCUGGAAGCAAUGGAACAGCGAACUCAGCACCUGUUCGUCCAUCCGCCUGCACACCAGAUUCACGUGUUGGCGGUUACAUCGAUGCUUCAGGUGGAAGCCCUGUCAGUCGUACUGGUUCAUCAGCAACUGGUGGUGCAUGGAACACUCAAUGCUCUAUCGGCACACCAGCUCCACAAUCAGCCUCAUCAGCCAGCUUACAUCAAAACCACACAUUUUAUCCAUGGAUGGCUAUUGCAGGUGAGUGA